GCGGCGGCGUCGGAAGCGGCGGCGGAAGGACGCCGGAGGAGAAGCCUGAGGAGGAGAAGCGGAGCGCGGUCCCUUCCUCCCUCCCUCCCUGCCCCUCUCCCUCUCUCCCCCCCUCCCUCCCUCCCCCGGGCCAUGGCCGCCUCCUGCCUCCGCCUUUCAGCACCCGCGGAUCUGGACAGCGCCGGGCGCCGCAUGGAGCUGCCCGAAGGCCGCGACGCCGCGCCCGCCACGCCGGACCCGGCCUUGUCUUCCUCUUCCUCCGCCGCCGCGGACCUGGAGCUGGUGCUGGAGGAGGAGCUCGCCCUGCUAGCCGCCGCCGGCUGUGAGGAGAGCCGCCCCGCCGCCGCCGCUGCCGCCCAGGAGAGCGAGGCCGCCGAGCCGGAGCUGCGCUCCCUCAUGAGGCAGAAGGAGAAGGACUUGCUCCUCGCCGCCCGGCUCGGCAAGGCGCUGCUCGAGCGCAACCAGGACCUCAGCCGGCAGUACGAGCGCAUGCACAAGGAGCUCAGCGAGAAGCUGGAGCACCUGGAGCAAGAGAAGCAUGAACUGCGGCGGCGGUUUGAGAACAAAGAAGGGGAAUGGGAAGGAAGGGUCUCAGAGCUGGAGAGUGAUGUGAAGCAGCUCCAGGGCGAACUGGAGAAGCAGCAGGUCCACCUCCGAGAAGCCGACCGUGAGAAGACCCGGGCAGUCCAGGAACUAUCGGAACAGAACCAAAGACUCCUGGAUCAGCUCAACAGGGCCUCAGAGGUGGAAAAACAGCUCUCUAUACAGGUUCACGUCCUCCAAGAGGACUUCAGGGAGAAGAAGUCAUCGACCAGCCAGCAUAUAGUCCGACUGGAGAGUCUCCAGGCCGAGAUUAAGAUGCUUACCGAUCGGAAGCAUGAGUUGGAACGCCGCCUGAGUGCUGUGAUGGAGGAAAAUAAUCUCCUCCAGGGAACAGUUGAGGAGCUUCAAGACCGAGUCUUAAUUCUGGAGCGACAAAGCCAUGAGAAGGAUGUGCAGUUGCACCAGAGCCAGCUGGAACUGCAGGAGGUGAGGACGUCUUAUCGGCAGCUGCAGCUCAAGGUGGAAGAGCUCAGCGAGGAACGGAGCCUCCAGCACUUCAACUCCACCAGCACCUCCUUGUUGUCGGAGAUCGAGCAGAGCAUGGAAGCUGAGGAGCUCGAGCAAGAAAGAGAACAGUUGAGACUCCAACUCUGGGAGGCCUAUUGCCAAGUCCGGUACUUAUGCACCCACCUCAGAGGGAACGACAGUGCAGAUUCAGCAGUCUCCACAGACUCUUCCAUGGACGAAUCUUCCGAAACCUCAUCGGCCAAAGAUGUGCCAGCUGGUAGCCUACGUGCAGCGCUUAGUGAGCUUAAGAGGCUGAUACAAAGUGUCAUAGAUGGCACAGACUCCCCGAGUCCGCGGAGAAGUGACGACGAUGCCUUGGAAGAACAGAUCAAGCAGACAAGUGAAGAUUCAAGGGCCCUGAGGGAGCUGAUGGAAGGCGAAAGGGGGAAACUGAGGCAGAGCUUGGAAGAGCUGCAGCAACUCCACAGCCAGGUGACACUGCUGAGUGUUGAAAUGACUUCGCUGAAGGAGGAACGAGAUCGGCUACGAGGAUCAGGGGAGGAGAAGGAGAUGAACGAACAGCUCUUGAAGGCCAUCAGGGAUCGGGAUGAAGCGAUUGCCAAGAAGAAUGCAGUCGAAAUGGAAUUGGCCAAAUGCAAGAUUGAUAUGAUGUCCCUCAAUAGCCAGCUCUUGGACGCUAUCCAGCAGAAGCUUAACCUUUCGCAGCAGCUAGAGGCGUGGCAGGACGACAUGCAGAGGGUCAUUGACCAGCAGUUGAUGGACAAACAUCCCAAGGAAUGGAGCCAGCCCACUUAUUCCUUCUCCAGCGGUCACGGGGGCAAGCGGCGCGCCAGACCCUCUCCCAUGCUGAGGCCUGAGCAGCAGGGGUCCGAGCCCAUUGGGGCAGAAGGGAAUCGCCUCUUUGCUUUUUUCAAGAAAAAUUAACGGGGACGGAGCCACCACUCUUCAGUUACUUUCUCUGUUUUCUUUUCAUUUUUUAUUAUUAUUUGAUUUAAAAAUGUGAAUUAUUAUUAUUAUUGUUAUUAUUUUUCUUCGAGAUGAAGGAAGCUGGAAAUGGAGGCAAGGUGGUGGUAGAUGGUCCUCCGUUCUGAUCGCGCGAGAAGCCACCCAGGAGGGCCAAGAGGAGCACACCCUUCAGAACUCUGCACUAUUUGGCAACCCGCGUGGUCUGAACUCACUGUUUACAUACGUCGAAGUCAAAUUGCCGUUCUCCAGUGUGGAAAGCGGUUUGAAAGGACUUUUUUCUACCUUGAAAACGACGUGAUAAAACAGAAAAACCUUCAGGGGUUCCCUUGUUAGGUCUGCUCUGUUUUCUGCUGUGGGGUGGGGGUGUCUGAAAAUAGUUUUCUCCUGCUUAAAACACAACAUGGAAGGAGUUGGUCAUGAGGGAGCAGGUAAUGGAGGAGGGGGAGACAUUCUUGGACAGGACCUGACACAGGUGAAAAGCUUCAUGGAGGGAUGGGGAACGUGGCUCUCCUGGUGUCGUUGGACUGUGGUUCCCAUCAGGCUUUACUAUUGCCCAUGGGCUGAUGGAAGUAGCAGUUGGGUGACUUCUGGAAAGCCUCACACCCUUCAUCCCUGUUGUAGUAGCUGCUUCAUUUGUGCCUCAGAGAGCAGGAGCCACUGGUUUGUUUAAAGCUGAGGUGGAGAAUCCUGUGACCCUCUUGAUCUUGUUGGACUGCAACUCCCAGACCCCUUAUUGAAGCUGUGAAAGUUUUAAUGGCCAGGAUGAGCAAUGGAAUAUGUGCAAUGGGGUUCAUGAGGUGCCCCCCAAGUAGAACUAAAGUUCAUGGGUGAGUCUUGGAAGGCCAGGCACCUUACUAGAGCCUCCGAUACUGGAUGAUGUUGGCAGCAAUGAAAGUCAGGAAAGCUGAACACCAACAGUUUGCAGCAACAGCAGGCAUUUGGAAAGGUUGCUUUUUAAGGUACCACUCCCAGACGUCUUCCCAACCAACAUGGGCAGUGGUUCAUUGAAGCUAGGCGAUUUCUAGUAACCAUUGUGUGAAAAAAAAUUGAUAUCUUCCAAGCUCUGAAAAUGUACUUCCAAGGCAAGCACUGCACUCCAUGAGCACAACUGUUUGAGCAAAAUAUUUCUGACUGUUUUUGUGAGGGACUGCUAAAAGUUUGUGUACAGUGCUGUGCAGCAAUACAAUUAGGAUGGGACCGAGGAGCAUGAAAGAACAAGGAGAGGCAUCCUCCAGGCAGGAUACCAGGACUGACAUUUUGUAGGGGAAGUGGAGAGGGCUGCUGUGGUUCUCCUUGUUGAGGGGCAAAGCUCCCCUCUCCUUCCACAUAGAAGGCCAUGCCACAUCCCAUCCUCAGCCUGUAGUGGCAGUUACUUCUGAUUGGAGAUCAAUGCUAGGAAUGUGGGCCAUUUAAGUCAGGGGAGCCUCGACCCUAUGACUUAGUCCCAAUUGGGAUAGAUUGAUUGGAUCCAUUGAAUGAACCAGGUGGUUUACACAAGUUGGGGCUUAGGAUAACAUGGCCUUGGUUAGUGUGGCAGACCUCCAGGCCAUGGUUGACCCUCUCCGUGUGAUUGAACCCUUUGCCCCCCUCCUUAGGGCCUGGAUCUGGGGUGGGGUGUGUCCUGCACUUUGAGUUCCUUUAGAGUCAAGCAUCCCGUGCCUUGCCUCCAGAUGUGGGGCAAUUCCACAUUGGGGAAAGUUGCCCCUUCUUGAAAGAACUGUUCCAGGGCUUCCUCAAAGCAAGGGCUUUAUUUGGCCCUUAUGCUCAGCUGGCACUGCAAGCGACUUUCUCUUCUGCUAAGGCAGGAAUGGGGAACACACGAGCUUCCAGAGGGGGAUUUGUAGCUCCCACCUGCGCUUCCCAUAGGCUCAGCUGGCCAGCACUGAUGAACUUGGAAGGCCAUUAAGAUGCCCACCUGUCAAGCCAUCCCACUGUCUGCACCCUGUGCAGGCAGGAAAUAUAAUGUGGUCUGUAUCCCUUGCUAGAGGUGAAGACACCAGUUCCAUGGUGAACGUUGUGAAUUUGGGUAAGAGAGUAACCUUGCACUGAAGACAGCUGUGUAGAAUUUGAAUUGAGGUCUUUGCAAGCUUAAGGUGAAUAAUUUGAACUGACAAUCCAUUGGUACAGUCAAGAAUCUUUCAUUUAAAUGGGGGGGGGGGUAAUUAGGAGGGGAAAUGCCAUCAGAAAAUACUGGCGGAUAAUUGGACUUGUAAUCAAUGCGUCUGGAGGUGGCUGGCUUGGAGACGAUUGCUGUUUUGGAUUGCCUUAAACUGAUGUAAGAACUUGUGUACUUGACGGGAUAAAACUGAGGGAUGGAAAGAAGAAAAUGAGGCCAAGGGGUAGCUUUUACACUAGCGUCUUGAAAUCCUUGAAUAAGCCCAUUAGACAAGGAAGCAUUUGGGAACUCAUUUUGUCAGAUGGCUACUCUUAGAAACCUUCAGCCAGCAUUAUGGGCCCCUUAUUGGUGACAGCAUUUUUUGGUUGCAGUCCCCCAAAAGCAUAUUUUUGAACCCUCCAAUCCCUGCCACUGAUCUCUGGUGGCUCCUCAGCAUUCAAUGAAAGGAGAAUAAGUGCUUUUUUAAAAAGCGAAUAAGUUAAACAUCUCCCAAGGCUUAUUGCAGUGGAGCAUGGCUUGGUUUGGAUGUUCAGACUUUGAUAAGCCCUAGAGGGGUUUGGAGGAAGCAAAUACCAACCUCUGUGAUAACCACACCAGAGAGACUAUGACAGCAUAUUAAGUGUGUCACUAGCAGGAUGCUAGCCAGUGUGGCUGAGACAGCAGAAUAGAGGCUUCAACCCUUAGACCUACUUAUUUGGGUGUUUACACUUCCUGAGCUUCCUUCUUGAAUCAACAUGGUGCAAAAUUUGAUGGCAAUAUUGAUAAAUCCAGAGGGAGGAGGACCAAUGCUGAAGCAUGAUGUGCUGAGGCCAGAUGGCUAUCUCAAGGAUGCUGCCAUCUCAGUUGCAACUGGAUUACAUGAUUUUGGAGAGCCUUUUCUGAGACUCUUCACCCUCACGGAGUUACCCAUAUUCUGCAAGGUCAGCGAUGGCCCACUGGUUUUUGGGGCAGGGGGAUAGCAAAAUGAAAGCAAUAAAGAGAUAACAAGGAGAAAUGGUCCUCCCUGGGAGAAUCUUGAAUGCUUCGGGAGACACUUCCAGACAUUAGCUUUCUCCCUGAGGUCCAGAAGCACUGUCCUCUGCUUGCCAUAUAUCAACACAGUCCCAGGCUUGGGAUUUUGGUGCCUCCUCACCCACACACCACACUGUGAUAUUAUUGGACCAGAGCCAAGUGAGGGAAGGUGGCUUGGGUGCAAAACGUGACCCAGAACUGCUUUGGGACAAAUCUGAGCCAUAGCUUGAGUAAGUUCCAGCCCCUUCUCCAAGGCCCAAGUGGUUUGAGGAGAAGACACAAGACCCUGCCAAAAACUCCCAUAAACAUUGCAUGAAGACUCUUCUUGGUGCAUUCUUUUAAAAGUACACAUCUAUGUAUGUUACCAACACUUAUUGAGGCUGGAUAGACUUCAGCCCUCAAAAAGAAAGCAAUCGAUGUAUGCAAGCUAAGAGCCUGGGGAAGUUACUUCUGGGGGACAAGAAAGUGAGUGAGGCAUGUAGGAUUUUCAUGUGCCCGUGACUCUGCUGUUGACCUGUUUUCCAUCAGUACAGGUGGGCACAUCUGGACCCAAAGUAACCUCAUUCACAUACAUAAAUGUGGCAGAACUGUUCUUAGUCUAUGCCAUUUAGAACAGCAGGUCAGGGCCUUCCUGGUUCAACAUCUCUCCAGGAAAUAAACACAUCUAGGCUGUUCUAAAACUGAUCUUCUUGAGGCAAGGCUAACUUAGACCUUUUAGGCUUCUCUUCUUACUUGUGUGGUUUUAACCCACCAGAGGUUCUAAUUCUGAAACCUACAGGGAGGGAGCAUUUUCUUGAUGUACAGCAUGAACGGAUCAACACUUUGUUUGAACCAGGCCAGUCUUUCCCCACCUGAUGCCUCCCAGAUGUGUUAGAUGACAACCCCAUCAUCCACAGUCUGGAAUGAGAGGGAUUGUAUUCCAACUUGUCUGGAAGAUACCAGGGUUGUCUGGGCCAUAAAUCAAAAUAGAAUGGAGAAAUUGGGGAGAGCAGGUUGUUGACUGGCAAUAUAGGUUUAUCACAAAGAACAACAGCUUUUCUGUGUGUGCAUGUAUGUAUGAAUGUAUGUAUGUAUGUGUGGGAGGGAGGGAGGGAUGGGACAGCUUUCACCUGCAAAGACCUUCAAUCUGUUAUAAUGUGUGUUUCACCCACUUCAACUCCCUUUUCUCCUCAAAAAAAGGAUGAUGUGCCUGGUAGCUGCAGUCAAAGAGUUCACCAAGCGGAGGGGGAGGGGGUGCACACAGCAGGGAUGGGCAGACAGAAUGUAUCUAUAUAGGUAUAUGUACAUACCACACAGUGCAGUAAUUUUUGUAUGUAGCAGUACUGUAAAUAAGUGUACCAUUUUUAUAAUAAGAUAUUCUAUAAAGGCAUAUUUUAGUAGAAAACGCUGCUCUACUGCUUCUUUUGUAAAUAGUUCUCAUCUGAAUAAAAUGGGUCCUUUCUACA